UAAAAGGGCUCUAGGGUAGGUAGGGAGCACCUGCCAACUGCACCAUGAUGGGGGCUGGUGCCCUUACGCUGCUCUGGGCUGCCUCGCUCCUGAUCUCCAGCGGAAAUUGUGACAUUUGCCCACCCGUGAAAAAAGAUGUUACCAUAUUCCUGACGGGAACCCCAGAAGAAUAUGUUGCGCAAGUGGAAAAAUACCAAAACAACUCUUUAAUAUUGGCCAAUGCCAGGAAACUGAAGGACUGCAUUGAUCAGAAAUUGACAGAAGAGGAUAAGGAGCAUGCCGUCACCGUGCUGGUUGCCCCAAGUGAUGAUGGAAGCGCCACUACUUUAGCUGCAAGUGUCCACAGGACAGGAGGACAAAGUAGGCUGGGCUCCUCAUUCCUGGAGACUCCCAGGUGCACUUGGACCCUCCAGGUCCUCCUCAGCAGCCUCUUCCUGCUCCACCCAAGACUGCCCUCCAUCUCACCACGGUGACCCUUCCUUCUCUCUGUUCCAUCAGCGGAAGCUUCUAGGCACAUCCUGGGACUCUCUUCUGGGGCAGGAGAUAGGGAGGAACC